GGCACACAUCUGUUGGAUUACCAACUCGCAGCUCGGAAACUGAGAAGGCGGAAACAACCCUCAUUACGCUUCUGACUCUUGAGCGCGUGAGUCGUCGCGCGCGGAUUACGCCCAGGAUAAUCGGACGCCGGACGGCAGCAACGUCACAGCAGCAGCGGCCACAUCGGAUAUUGGCAGAUCCAGAUUUAGUCGAUUGGCUGCCCUCAAGGUGACAAGACACGCAACGCGCAGUGAACUCUCAGUGAAUUGCCAGUGAACACCCAGUGAAUUAAAGACAAUAUUCCUAAAGACUUAAACAUGGUCAUGCUGCAAUCGCCGGCGCAAAAGGCCAGCGAUAUUGCAUCAUCCCAGCCCACCGCAGUCGCCGUCGGUGGCCUGAUGAGUCCCAGUUCCAAUCCCGACUCCCCCAAGUCGAACUCCUCGCCAAAAUUGGCCACUAUUGAGCCGGGUUCAGUGGCCGGAGGCGGAACCACUCCGCCAGCGGCCAAGAUACCCAAGUUCAUCAUCAGUGCCAAUGGCUCAGCGGUAGCGGCAAAACAGGAGCAGGAGCUGAGAUGCUCCCUCGAACGGCUCAAGCAAAUGAGCAGCGAGUCGGGCAGCCUGCUGAGCCGUUUGAGCCCCUUGCAGGAGGACUCUGCAGACAAGGACAAGCCCAAUAUCAACAACAACAGCAGUCUAACAAACCACAAUACGAACAGCAAUCCACGCCGCUCGCAAACUCCCCCAGCCUCGGGAGGAUCUGUGACCUUCUCUUCACCUGCCCAGCAGCGAAAGCUCCUGGAACUGAAUGCCGUGCGCCAUUUGGCCCGGCCGGAGCCACUGCAGCAUCCACAUGCGGCAUUGCUGCAGCAGCAUCCGCACCUGCUGCAGAAUCCACAGUUCCUGGCUGCCGCCCAGCAGCACAUGCACCACCACCAGCACCACCAACAUCAUCCGCACCCACAUCCGCAUCCCCACCAGCAUCCCCAUCCACAUCCGCAUCCUGUCUCGGUCUUCCACUUGAGAGCGCCCAGCAGCAGCACCACUGCCCCGCCCUCGCCGGCCACCUCGCCCCUGUCGCCACCCACUUCCCCGGCCAUGCAAUCCGAUCAGCAGUUGAGCCCACCCAACGAUCCACCCCAGGAUCCGGCACACUCCACACAGCAGCAACAGCAGCAGGACAUGGAUCUCGAGCGGAUGAAGCUAGUAGCUGCGGUGGCAGCUCGCACAACACAAGCUCCCAGUACUUCCGCUUCGGCUUCCGCUUCCCAUUCCGUGUCCAACGCCAGCACCUCCGCCUCCAACACCAGCUCCGGCUCGCCCAAUGGCCGCGACCUCAGUGACUACGGUUUCCGAAUACAGCUCGGCGGUCUGGCGGCAGCAGCGGCUGCGGCGGCGGCCACUUCCCGACAGAUUGCGGCCGCCAAUUACGCCCGGAGUGACACCAGCGAGGAGCUCAACGUUGACGGAAACGACGAGGACAGCAACGAUGGAUCGCACAGCACGCCAUCGGUCUGUCCAGUAGAUCUGACGCGAUCCGUGAGUAGUAAUCACACUGCGAAUCCAAGCUCCGCCUCAACGAGUUCAUCCAGUGAGCGAGACGCUGCUACAAAGCGAUUGGCAUUCUCCGUGGAGAACAUCCUCGAUCCAAACAAGUUUACAGGCAACAAGUUGCCAACUGGUCCUUUUGGCCAUCCAAGGCAAUGGAGCUACGAGAGGGACGAGGAAAUGCAGGAGCGAUUGGACGACGAUCAGAGCGAGGAUAUGUCUGCCCAGGACUUGAACGACAUGGAUCAGGAUGACAUGUGCGACGACGGCAGUGAUAUCGACGAUCCCAGUAGCGAGACGGACUCGAAGAAGGGAGGCAGUCGCAACGGGGAUGGAAAAUCCGGCGGUGGUGGAGGCGGCGGUGGUUCAAAGCCCCGCAGAGCCCGCACCGCCUUCACCUACGAGCAGCUAGUUUCUCUGGAGAACAAGUUCAAGACAACCCGAUAUCUUAGCGUCUGUGAGCGGCUCAACUUGGCCCUUAGCUUAAGUCUGACGGAGACACAGGUUAAAAUCUGGUUCCAGAACCGUCGUACCAAGUGGAAGAAGCAGAACCCCGGGAUGGACGUGAACUCCCCCACCAUUCCCCCGCCCGGCGGCGGUUCCUUUGGACCGGGGGCGUAUGCCAGCGGACUUCUCUACUCGCACGCGGUGCCCUAUCCGCCCUACGGACCCUACUUCCACCCCCUGGGCGCCCACCACCUCAGCCACUCGCACUCAUAAAAUUGCAAGAUGCAACAGCGAUUGUUGCAACUGUUCGAAAAGCGAGGCAGGUCGGAAGUGGUCGGAACAGGACCUGCGGCCGGAAGUGGACCAAUGGCUCCCAAGGAUAAACUGUAAAUGUCAAGCUGCUUUAAGUGUGUGUUUAGUAUUCGGUCCGAGAUUUCCUUUGUUAUUUUCCUCGAUUACGUGCUGUAUAUAGUUCUUGUAUAAAUAUGCUACGCUAGUGCUUAGAACCCCGAAUGCCAUAUCUAGAAUUAAAUUAUACAAUUACUUGUAGCGUUUAAGUGGCAAGCAAAAUCAAAAAGAGCAAACCAAAA